GAGAGGGGAGAAAAACGCAGUCGCGAGUUUGACAACGCAUUAUUAUUAUUUUUUUGAAUUUCCGAUAUCUAUCCCUCUCCACAACGAGUAACGACAAACAAAACAACGAUUUCCCUCCUCAUUCAACGUUUCAAGAUAAGGCCUCUGGACGAAUUGGGGGGUUUUCAACUCAAAGGUCUAAAUUGACCCUAACAAAAUUUCCAAUUUUCCAUUUAUUAUUAUUAUUUAAAAAAACAAAAGAAUGAAAAACAUAUUGAUCGAAAAGGAAGAAGGAAGGUGUUUGCCAAUUUCGUUUUCAUUUCUGAAUGGGUGAGAGAAAUGAGAAUGGCUAGUCGGCUCCAUUCCUAUGUUUUUUUUAUCCGACGGCUAUUCCAAAACCAACUACCUCCCACCUCCCAAAACCCUCUCAAUCUCAAAUGCCUUCUCCUUCUCAUAGACCCUCCUCCUCUGCUUCUUCUUCUUCUGCUGCUGCUGCUUCUCCAUCUUCUUCUUUUAAAAUUGGCAAUGGCAAUGUUGGUAUUUUCACCUUUAAUUGCGAGCAGUCUCUUAACCAGCGCAGGCUCACGCGGCAGAGAAAACUCCGGCACGUGUCUUAUAAAGAGCUUGGUUUACAUUCGGAAUCGGAUGAGCGUUCUCGUUCGUCGCCCGUUUCGCCCGAUUCGUCUCGAAAGUCGAGGUCACCAUGUGCCGUGGACCACUGGUCUUCCUCCGCCAUGCCUCAACCUUUGCCGCUUCCUGGGUCUUCUUUUAAUCGAAAACCACCCGAUUCUAACCCCGUGGAUGCUGCAGGGACGCCGUUUGAGAGGAAGAACACAGAUCAAGUUUGCACAAAGUCAUCGAAAAUAUGCAAUAGGAGAUUGUCAGAUGCAAUUGUUGGAAAUUUUCAUCACAACUCGGGGCCAAAUGUUGUAGCUAGGACUGCUCCUGUAACAGGUGUUUCAAGUCCUGUUAGCCCAAGAAGACCAAACAAUGGGGACUUUUUACCGUCUCAUGCGGCAACUGCUUCGUUGAGUAGUUCAAACAACUGCAAUUGGGGGUUUACACAAGAGCCACAAAAGGAACCCCUUAACUAUAACUUGAGGCUAAAUAUUACUUCCCGGAGUGCUCCGACGAGUGGUUUUACAAGUCCUGCAGUUAGUCCAAAAAGAUCAAAUGGCGGGGAUCUUUUUCCUUCUCAUGUGGCUUCUCAAGAUUUUUACGAUAUUCCUGCUGGGUUUUCAGUUAUGGUGUCUCCGAUGAGAUCUCCACAUAGCCCGGAUCAUUCUCCGCUUCAUAGCCCUGUGUCUCGAAGUCCAUUUCAUAAUCCAAAAAGUCCAAAUGGAGUUUUGUUGUACCAGCAGCACAGAUCGCUUCCACAGACUUUUGUGGAGAGGCCAGAAAGUAAUUAUCAUGUCACUGCCCAUCCGUUGCCCCUUCCUCCUGGAGCUGCAGUAGCAUCACCAUCAGCUACCACACAUCACGUCAUGGAAAGCCCGUCUUUUCCGUCAAUGAAAGGCCAGUGGCAGAAAGGAAAACUUAUUGGACGUGGCACAUUUGGAAGUGUAUAUCUAGCAACCAACACAGAGACUGGGGCCUUAUGUGCAAUGAAGGAAGUAGAUCUUAUUCCUGAUGAUCCUAAAUCUGCUGAAUGUAUAAAGCAAUUGGAGCAGGAAAUAAAAGUUCUGCAGCAUCUAAAGCAUCAAAAUAUUGUGCAGUAUUAUGGUAGUGAGAUGGUUGAUGAUCAUUUUUACAUAUAUUUGGAGUACGUAUACCCUGGAUCUAUAAAUAAAUAUGUACGUGAACAUUGUGGAGCUAUGACAGAAUCUAUUGUUCGCAAUUUCACCCGCCAUAUUCUCUCUGGACUGGCUUACUUGCAUAGCAAAAAAACCAUCCACAGGGAUAUCAAAGGUGCAAAUUUGCUUGUUGAUAAUUUGGGCACUGUUAAGCUUGCUGAUUUUGGGAUGGCAAAACAUCUUACAGGACAAUCUUAUGAUCUUUCUCUGAGGGGCAGUCCAUACUGGAUGGCUCCAGAGGUUAUAAAAGCUGUAAUAAAGAAAGAUGCCAAUCCUGAUCUUGCUUUAGCUGUUGAUAUAUGGAGCUUGGGUUGUACCGUCAUUGAGAUGUUCACGGGUAGACCUCCCUGGAGUGAUUUUACAGGGCCUCAAGCUAUGUUCAAGGUUUUGAACAAAUCUCCACCUAUACCAGAAACAUUAUCUUCGGAGGGAAAGGAUUUCCUCAAUUGUUGCUUUCAAAGGAAUCCUGCAGAGCGUCCGUCAGCUAUUAUGCUGCUUGAGCAUCCUUUUGUGCGAAAUUCACACGAUCAAAAUGUAUCAACCUCACCACAGGCUUUUUCCACACUGACCCUAACAGAUAAUUUGCACAGUCCAAGAGACGGCGCCAGGCAUAGAAUUGAUUUUAUACCCAUCUCUCCACGUAGAAGGCCUGCAAGUGUAAAUCCGCCAUAAAUGGGUAAUUUCAUGGUCCUUGGUGGGCUUGCUCACGUUAUAAAUGUCAAAUUGGUGGAUUUUCUCUUUGAGUGGCUAUUCAAUCUGGCGAGGUGCAUGAUGUUUGUUUCUAGCAACAUGCAUCAUGCUCUUAUACAAGGACUCAUGGAAGUGAAACUCCACACCUUUGAAAAAGGAAACAAAGCUUCUGCUACGUAGAGGCAAGAAAAUGGUAAAUUUUUCCCCCCCCAAAAAGGCCACUCGGAGCUGCAUCAAUUUUUUUCAUUUAUUUUUGGAAGUCGAAGAGGGUAUGUCUUCUCUAUGACUUUAAUUAAUUAACAAAGCAAGUUCGUCCUUUUUGGGUAGUGACUUGAAAAGAAAACAGGGGAAGAAGAAGAUGAAAUCUGUAUAUAUUACGUAUGCACGAGAACAACCAUUUAGACAGCAAAUUGUAAAUAUCUAAUAUAGGAUCCAUCUUGUUUCAAUUAAAUUUAUUUGGUUAA